AUGUCAAGUCAAAAAAGAUACAAUGUUGGCACAAUUCGUAUUAGAUAUUCGACAUGUAGUAGAUCUGGUUGCACGGAGUUAUUCAAGAAUGAAAAUGUUAAUGUGAAAUUUUCAGAUGUUAAGAGAAGGAGAACUUCUUCUAAGAAGAAUGGAUGCCCUGCUAACCAUGAACCUGUUGCUCAAGAUCAGUUGCACUUAUUAAGGAUUAAUAGGACAAUGGAUUUUCUUGAUGAAUCCUUUAUACAUAAGGUUGGUACUUGUAACAUUAGUGCUUCAAAAGCUUAUAACUUGGUGAGUAGUAUGAAGGGUGGCCUUGAUUCUAGGGGAGGGACUACAGUUGACUUUAAAAAUUUUCAUAGAGAUUUGAAUUGUAAAAUUGGUGUCAAAGAUUCCCAAAUGGUUGUGGAUAUAUUGACAAACAGAAAAUUGUGUUUCUCUAAUUUUUCAUUUGAGUUUCAAAAAGAUGUUGAUGAUCAUCUUACUGGACUCUUUUGGGCUGAUGAUACUUUAUAUGCCAACUAUAAGGAAUUUGGAGAUGUACUAUCUUUUGAUGCCACUGAUCAAACAAACAAAGUUGACUACCACAAGCGUUGUGUUACUUUUGUUGCUGGUUUACUAGCUCGUGAGACAGCAGAUGCAUAUGUGUGGUUGCUUGAAGUGUUUCUUAAAUCAUUUGUCAAGCCUCCUAUGAUGAUUGUAACAGAUCAGGAUUCAUCAAUGAAGAAAGCUGUUAAUUUUGUUUUUCCUGAAUCGAAGCAUAGACUAUGCAUGUGGCACAUAACUCAAAAACAUGAGGAAAAGAUUCCUAUCGAUGUUUAUAACCAUCCGGACUUCCAGAAGACAUUUUUUGAUAUUAUAUGGAAUCUUCAAUGUUCUCCACAAGAUUUUGAAAAUGCAUACGCUAUUCUUCGUUUGUCUAUUAACAAGAUAGCAAAUAAUGAGGAUGAGUUGGCUAAAUAUAUAAAGCAACUUCAGGAGGUUGAUAGUGGUAUUCCUUUAUGUACCUCAUCAAGGGCAUCUUCGAGUAGAUCAGUUCACGUUGAAAAAAUUAUUGGAGCUGCAGUACCUGAUGUUAUCAACAUUCAUAAUCCAGAGGGGAUCAGAAACAAGGGAUGGGCUAGUGGUAAAAGAAUCAAGGGCACUAGAGAGAAAGUGAUUGAGAAAUCUAAAAAGGGUACUAGGUUGCGAAGUUUAUUUCAUAAACCAAAUCACAAUGCUAGGAGUUGCAUUUUGAGGUUUAAGAAGUCUGAUUUAGAAUCUGAGGUUAUAGAAGGCUGA